CUCCCUCCGCCCCUCGGCACCGGCAGCGCGGAGGGCUGGGCCGCGCCGCUCGCUGCAGCGCUCGGCACCGCUCCGCCGUCGAGCAGGGAGAGGAGAGAGAGAGGAGAGGGACGGGACCGCCUCGCCCAGCCCCGCCGCCCGCCGCCCGGCCCGCGCCUCGCCGCCCGCCCCGCUCGCCCGCACCGCCGCCCGCGCGAAGAUGGCCGGCUGGCAGAGCUACGUGGACAACCUGAUGUGCGAUGGCUGCUGCCAGGAGGCCGCCAUUGUGGGCUACUGCGACGCCAAGUACGUCUGGGCAGCCACGGCCGGCGGCAUCUUCCAGAGCAUCACGCCAGUAGAAAUAGAUAUGAUUGUAGGAAAAGACCGAGAGGGUUUUUUCACCAAUGGCCUGACCCUUGGUGCAAAGAAGUGCUCUGUGAUCAGAGAUAGCCUGUACGUGGAUGGUGACUGCACAAUGGACAUCAGGACAAAGAGUCAAGGUGGUGAGCCGACGUACAAUGUUGCUGUAGGCAGAGCUGGCCGAGCAUUGGUUAUAGUCAUGGGAAAAGAAGGUGUCCAUGGAGGGACACUCAACAAGAAAGCUUAUGAACUGGCUUUAUACCUGAGGAGGUGUGACUUCUGAGCAGCCUCUCCCCAUCCACCUAGCAACUGUCUUCACCACCACCCAGUUGUGUUCAGUGCUACCAGACCCUAGGUGGUAGUUUGUGUUUUUUAUUUGCCCAUCUCCUGACGUUGUAACUCCAGUUCCCCUCCGUUCAUCUAUGUUAACCACUGUAUGUAACCGAGUCCCCUAUCUGGCACCACACUGCAUCACACAGAUGAUAUGCAUGAUACCUUGAGAAACUCCUGGGAGGGGGAACAUGCCAAGUGUAGGCUUUGCUUUGUCUUAGGGCUUAGUGUGACACUGACAACUAAACCAACUCAAACACUAAACAAGGUGCCGGUGUACAAUCGCGUUUGCCCAGCGCCUCUCCAGCACUUUGAGCAGCGACACGGCUCACAGUCUUCCUUCAUGAGCAUGGUUGGGAGGAAAACAGUGCAUGCAUAUCUUGACUUCUGUCCCUCUCUCUUUGUGGAAACCCACGUGUUUGCUUGCGCCCUUUUUUAUAGUGCCUGGUUUAACCAAUUUGCCACUCAAAGGCUGUUAAAGUGACAUCAGUUUUGUCGUUGCACUUCACUCUAGGCUGAAGUCUUUGUUUUGCUUUGUUUUCCUCAUGAUGUCUGAAGCUUGUACUGCUUGACAAGUGCAAUCACAAAACUAUGGAAGGGUACAGAUGCACGUCCUCCCAUGACCUUAAAGCCACCACCCUGCCCAGCUCCCCACAGACAUUCCAUCCUUGCAAUAGCUCAGGCACCUUUUUUUUUGUUGUUGUUGUUUUUUUCUUCUUAUUGCCAGCUCCUGUUCUGUAGUUGCAUUGUGAAAGGCUGCCUGCCAUUCUGGACAUCAGCUAGCCCAACAUAACCAUCUGGAGUCUUGUCUGCUUUCAGUUUUUCAUAGGACCAAUUUUAAUUUGCAGCUUGAGGGUCGUGGGAGGGGUUUGGGGUUGUUUUUAUUUUUGUGAGGGUUUUAUGUUGUUGUGUUUUUUUUUUCCUUUUGUUUUUGUUCGUUGUUUUGGGUUUUUUUUUCAAUCUGAAACUGCAAUGUCAUUGUGGAAAACUGCCACCUUCAGCUACACUGGGAGAGCUCUUGACUGAUUCCAGUCUUUCUGCCAGCUCACUUCCUGGUAAAGAGUCUCACCGCUCUGAAGCCACUGUUUGGAUGAAGGUCAGCAGUUUGAAAGCUUAAAACUGUUCCCCCCAAAACCCCUUAAAACCCACAAAAACGAUGCCAUUUCAAAAAUAUCAAAUCCUCCUUUGGCCUGUCACCACCCUCGCUGCAGAGUGAUGGAGGGAACUGCCUGGUGCCCUAGCCCACACCUUGCCUGUAACCCAGCGCAGCCCAGGCACGGUACUAACCUGUGUGUCCAUGUAAACAAAACAAAAAAAGCACUGCAGAACCUGUGUACAAAAGAAUAAAAUGGGAGAUGGUGUUGGUUGGAAUAACUGA